AGAGAUUUGUUCAUCAGCGCUUUUCCGUUUUUUUUCGUUCUGCCUCCUCUGUCGUGUCACCGGAGAGAAAAAGAGGAAGGAAUAUGGUUUCAUCAGACGCUCCUCCCGUUUCAGCGCUGCUGUAGCGGAUCUACGAGCAGGAGGCUGGGGCUCGGUUCGGCGCAAACCUCAGUCAGCCGCCUUUCCCGUUACCAACCAGCCUGCAGGAGCACUGCCAGCACACCGGGACACAUAAAUGGUGGAAGCCGUGGUGGAGUUUGACUAUGAGGCUCAGCAGGACGAUGAGUUGAGCCUGGCGGUGGGUGACAUCAUCGUGAACAUACGGCGGGGCGAUGGAGGAUGGUGGGAGGGCGAGCUGGACGGACGCAGGGGCCUAUUCCCGGAUAACUUUGUCAGGGAGAUAAAGAAAGAGGCAAAGAGGGAUGGAGGACAGGCAAGCAUGAUUAGACCUGACCUUUCCAAUGGAAGGGCCAGCCCUGUGUCCGACCCCAGCGCACGAUCGGGCAAGAAAGUAGAGCAAAUCCGUAAGCGGAGGUGUAAAGCGGCGUUCAGCUACGUGCCUCAGCAUGAAGACGAGCUAGAGUUGAAAAUAGGAGAUGUCAUUGAGAUCAUAGCAGAGGUAGAGGAGGGCUGGUGGGAGGGAUUUCUAAAUGGGAAGAGUGGAAUGUUUCCCUCCAAUUUCACCAAAAUUAUCCAGACGGAGUCGGAAACGUCCUCCUUAAACACCUCGCAAGAGGAGCUGCGCAGCUCCCGCACCAGUAAGGACAGCCCAGGCAGUGAAAGUGAUGGAGGUGACAGUCGGUCAGAAACGGGGUCAGGAGAAAUUCAGCCCAAGAAGGUCCGAGGGUUUGGCUUUGGUGACAUCUUCAAAGACCAGCCCUUCAGGCUCAGACCCCGCUCAAUUGAUGUGGACUCAGAGGUGGACAAGCUGAACGAGGCAAAAGCAGCCAGCGUUGCCUCAGAAACCAUGAAGACUGAACCUGACGGCAAAGUCAGAGGGCGGGAGCAAUGUAAAGUCCUCUUUCCAUAUGAAGCACAAAAUGAAGACGAGCUGUCACUCAAAGAGGGUGAAAUCAUCAACAUCAUCACCAAGGAGUGUGCCGAUGCAGGUUGGUGGAAGGGGGAGAUCGGAGGAAGGCAAGGUGUCUUCCCAGAUAACUUUGUCAAACUACUAGAAGUGGAGAAAGAGAGACCAAGGAAACCGCCUCCUCCCAGUGCACCAGGUGCUAAACACACCACAGAGAGAAAGUCGGAGGUCAAGAAGGUUCCACCUGAGCGGCCUGAACAUCUGCCACAGAGAGACCAGGAUCGAGGUGAAGAGAUGAAGGUUGGAGACAACCCCAAGCCCUCUAUCCCAUCUAGCAUUCCUAAGAAACCCCUCCACCCAAAGACAAGCACCUCCUCUUCCUCCCAACCCCCACGGCGUCCUGAAAGACCACCCACUCUAGCGUGUGAAAGCCCCAAGUCUGAGGGUGGGGCUUCGACACCAGAUUCUGCCCCACAUGACACUGAUGUGGACCUCGACGCGGUGGUGCCAUCAACAGAGAAGCUGAGUCAUCCAACGGCGACACGGCCGAGAGUCAUCGACCGUCGGCCUCGCUCCCAGAUCAUCGCCCCCUCUUCCCUGUCAGGUAUCGAUCUGGACCCCCCUGGAGUGGAGGACAGGAAGGACAGAGGAAAGGUGGAGCUGGAGUCUGUGUCCUCCAGACCUGCAGAGGUUCCCCUGAGGAAAGGAGGAUCCACAACCCCUGUACCUGACAGUAAAGCACCACUGCCUGCCAAGCCCUCUGCCCUGACCCCGCCAAGCGCCAGUCAUCGCCCCACAUCCCUGUCUUCCACCUCGGGUCUGAGCCCCUCCCCUGAGCUCCGGCAUUCUCCUCUGACCCCCCUGACACUGGAGGAACUCAGGAACCAGCUGAGAGAGCUGAGGGCUUCUGUAGAACUGCUCAAAAGCCAGCACAGACAGGAAAUGAAGCAGUUGACCAAAGCGCUGGAUGAAGAGAAGAAGAUUCGUGUUAGUUUACAGAUGGAAGUAGAGCACAUAAGGAAGAGCCUGUCAAAAUGAAGAAUAAAGGGUCCUCUUAUCACCGCAUCGGGGACCAACAUUUGAAAACAUUUACACUGUUGGCCGAGACACUUUAGUCAAAAUAAAUUUUGUGCCAACGAUCAUAAAGAUCAACAUCAGCAACAUUACAGUACAAUGGAAUCAGCCACCUCCCUCCUCUCUGAAGCCGCCUUAUUCUGCGUUUACUUCUUUAUUUCUCUUGUUAAGUUCACUGCUAUCUUGUCUCAGCUUGCUGUGCCACUGGUACGGACUGGCUGUGUUUUGCCACGGUUACGGAACGAUGACAGAGAGGCAGCCAUGGCAACUUCGCUGGUACCAUUCUGUCUGAAGGAAACUUGGAACUCGUUCCUUUGUAGCCCGGUUUGUUUAGAUGACCUCUGUGCUGGUCUGUGUCCACACUGCGGCCUUCGCCUCUUAUCUGUUUGUGUUUGUGAUUGUUUUUGUUUUCCAUCCAUCUGAGAACUGGAGUUUUAGACCUUCAAAUUAGGGACAUUUUUGUAAGGUGAAGUUGUUUUGGCCGGAUCAUGACUUCUUCAACGGUCAGAAUUUGGGUUGAUCAAAGUCUCCACUCUGAGUUCAUUCGGGUUGUAUUGUUUGACUCUCUGAGCUUGAUGUUUCUAUGGUACACUGCAGACGGGGAUUUUCAAACCAUCAACCAGUAACAGCAAUGGCAUUGGAGACAAAAUUCCUGAACCUUUUAUUCUUAGUGGCAUAUUUUUUUAAUUUGCAGUCAAAUGUCCAGCCUGCCAGGAGGUCAAAAUUAUAAGCACAUCAACAUUCUUCACCCAAUCCGUUGAAUUAAGUCUUACCAACAUGACACGUACUGAAACUAUAGGUGCUAUUUAAAUGAAUAGUUGAACAGUUUUGGAAACUAUGCUUAUUUGCUUUAUUGCUGGGGAGUGAUGAGAAGAGCAAUGCCUUCUCAUGUCUGUAUAUUAAAUAUAAAGCUACAGGGAGCAGCUAAUACGCUUAGCUUAGCAUACAGACCGAAAACCCUGGAGAAACAGUUAGCCCGGCUCUGUCCAAGGGUAAAAGAAUCUGCCUACCAGCCCUUCUGAACCUCAACAACUAACAUGUUAUGUCUUAUUUGAAAAUGACAAUUUAUGGACUUAUGAUGACAAAAAAGAGAUUCCAAUCAAGAAAUAAACCCCUUACACAAAGAGUUGCUGCAGUACUACGGCGGCUUUGCUUUUUAACAUGAAAGCCAACAACGGCAGCACAAUGCUGCUCCAGAUUUGGGGAGCGAAGAGGCUUAACAUUUAGCCUAGUCUCGCUUUGCCUGACCAUCCUCCACAGCUCAGCGAGGGAGGGUCUGGCUAAUCCACACAGCAUUUUAGAAUGGGAGAAAAACGUGCUCUGGUUUAUUGGCUUUUCUUGAAAAUCAAUCACAAUCGUCUUGGGCGGCGCUAAGCACCGGGGAAAGCAGCGGUGCCGCUGCGUAAUAGCCUCAGGAAAGAACUUGUUUUGGUGGAACGUGAACGUUCAAAAGUUGUUUUAGUUGUGCAACAGAAAACUCAGAUUGGACAGAUCAUCUGUCUCUCUGUCUCAAUUUACCAUGCAGAGAGCUGAGGAGCAGUUAACCAUAGUCCUCAUAAAUCCACCGGAGUUUAAAAUUCCAACACAAGGAAAACGAAAGGGAAACUGGCAUCGCCGAAAAGAAAUGCAUCUGGUGGAAUUUCCUGUGCCACCGGAGCAAUCCUGAAAGUGGAACAAUGAGGAUAAAGAAGUAUAGUAUAGGAUAUAGAGGAUACAUAGGAUGUGGUUCUGCCCUUCUGGCUGUCUCUUUCACACAGACGUUUCAGGUCUGUGACUACCUCUGCUUUUUACAACUCUGUCCACCCUUCCCGUCUCUGUACCUUUUACACAGAAUGGCGAGGCGGAAUAGAAGCGCCACAUUCCCACAUUGAACAGGCUGUGUGAAAGGCUGACUGUAGUUUCAUAUUUAAACAUACACACAUGAGUGUUAUCAAUGUAAUCAUAUAACUUCGCAAGAAAGCAAAGAAGCAAAUUUCGCACAAUGUCAAACUUUCUUUGGCAACGUUAAAAACUACCCAGUGAUACUUGGCUGCAAAUUAAUAUAAGAAAAGCACAUGUCACUGCAUGAACACGCCUACAGUAUCUAUGAUAUCUAUUAUGUCAAGAGUAUUGCCUUCUGGACCAAAACAUAUUAUUUUACCUUUUUUUUUUGCUUUUGCACUUUUGCACCACGACUCCUGAGAUCCAUAUGCAUCUGAUGUUUCUGGUGCUCUUUUGGCAGCAGAUGAAGGGUAAAUACAGGGUCUGAGGAAUGUAGUCAGUGAAAAGGACCUCACAGGUAAAGGAAGAUAAAAAUGUGUGUGUGCAUGUCUGUGCCUAUGUGUGGUAGCAUGCACGGCUGUUUGCCUCCCUUCCUUAUAUGUGCACAGAAUCUAUGGCAACCCGUCACUGUGGCCUUCCUGUUUCUGACUCCAAAUUUUCCUUUCUUCUUUCUUUCUUUCGUAUGACAACAAGAAAACAACCACAACUGAGUCUACAAGUUGUUUUCUUGAAUUGGUCCUUUCUCUCCAGGAUAGUGAUAAAUAUAUAUACUUUUAUAUUUCAGUGUAAUAAAGAUGCUAUUAUGUACUGUA